GAAGGUAGAAAACCAAGACACUUCCGGUUACUCCGGAUGUGAAGACUCCCAAGCUUCUCCGCCGGCGGAGGGUAAAGGGAAAGGAUGGCCGGGCAGACGGCGCGGCUCGUGCUUCUGGCCGGAGCUGCAGCACUGGCCAGCGGUUCCCAGGGCGACCGCGAGCCGGUCUACCGCGACUGCGUACUCCGCUGCGAGAAGCGGAACUGCUCGGGGGACGCUCUGAAGCACUUCCGGUCCCGCCAGCCAAUCUACAUGAGUUUAGCAGGCUGGACCUGUCAGGAUGACUGUAAGUAUGAGUGUAUGUGGGUCACCGUCGGCAUCUACCUCCAGGAAGGUCAUGAAGUGCCUCAGUUCCAUGGCAAGUGGCCCUUCUCCCGGUUCCUGUUCUUCCAAGAGCCGGCUUCUGCCGCGGCCUCUUUCCUCAAUGGCCUGGCCAGCCUGGUGAUGCUCUGCCGCUACCGCGCCUUCGUGCCGGCCUCCUCUCCCAUGUACCCCACCUGCGUGGCCUUCGCCUGGGUCUCCCUCAAUGCUUGGUUCUGGUCCACGGUCUUCCACACCAGGGACACGGACCUCACCGAGAAAAUGGACUACUUCUGUGCUUCCACCGUCAUCCUACACUCCGUCUACCUGUGCUGCGUCAGGACUGUGGGGCUGCAGCACCCGGCUGUGGCCAGUGCCUUCGGGGCUCUCCUGCUGCUCCUGCUGACCGCGCAUGUCUCCUACCUGGGCCUCGUCCGCUUUGACUAUGGCUACAACCUGGCUGCCAAUGUGGCAAUUGGCCUGGUGAACUUGGUGUGGUGGCUGGCCUGGUGCCUGUGGAACCAGCAGCGGCUGCCUCACGUGCGCAAGUGCAUGGUGGUGGUCCUGCUGCUGCAGGGGCUGUCCCUGCUCGAACUGCUGGACUUCCCGCCUCUCUUCUGGGUCCUGGAUGCCCACGCCAUCUGGCACAUCAGCACCAUCCCCGUCCACGUCCUCUUUUUCAGCUUCCUGGAAGAGGACAGCUUGUAUCUGCUGAAGCAGUCAAAGGCCAUAUUCAAGUUGGACUGAAGGCCCUGGCAGUGGGUCUGCCCUGCUGGCGAUUCUGCACCCUCCCUGCAGGCUCCUCUUCUCCUCAGUCCUCGAGAGGAUUUAUUUUCUGAACUUAGACACAACAGGUGUGGGCCCAGAAUCAUGUACUUUGCCCACCACCUUGCUCACCCCCACGUGGCCCUCACAGGCCUUGCAUCUGUUCGGGCCUGGCCUCUGGGGUUCUGGGGCUAGAGGAUGGGCAGUCCCUCUGGCUCCUGGACUGAACUGGGCUGGAGCUGUGUUAGGUCCACAGAGAGGAUCACUGCCCCCUCUUCUCUGUCAGUCACCUCCUCACCCGCCCCCCACCCACUGCCUGGGUGGUUGCCAGAGCCCUCCAUGUAGCUGGGAGACCGACCAAGUACCAGGCCUUCCUGGGUAUAGUGGGGUCCCUCCUGUUAACCCCAUGCCCUCCUCCAGGGACCACUAGGUGGCACUAGACUCUUGCUCCUUGGCUGCCCUGUUUUAAGGCAGAUCUCAUUCCUCCCAUGGGAUCUGAAGGGACCAAGCUGUUGGGAUUGCGGAGCAGUGUCACCCUGACUGGUGCUGUGACCAGACCCCCAGGAAAGCCUCACACACUCCCCCUUUGGGGCCAGAACCUAGCUGGGAGCCUGCACACAAUGUGUGAGGGGGUGUGGGCCAGACUGAGUUUGCAGGAGACGUGGUGGUGGGCACAGGCCAGGGGCGUGUGGGGUGCUGAGUGAGACAGAGCGAGUGAGCCCUGGCCUGGUGUGGUGUGGAGCGUGGGGGGAGAGUGUGAGUGUUGUUAAAGUGCAUGCGGGGGCGGGGGGCAGACGCUUAGUGGGGGUUAGGGGAAUAUACGUAGGGUAAGUAUGAGAUGAGUGUGAGUGCAGGUGAGUGUGCCCCACUGUGAGAGGAGGUCGGAGCAGGAUAAGGGAAUCAAGUCACUGUCAACAACUGGAUACUGAGCACCAACGCUGCACAGAACCCCGGGCAGGCAGGAGCCAGGAUGCCCCCGACAUCUGGCUGGGGAUCUGGGCGUCUGGGCUGGAUGCGUGUCUGUGUGCUUGUCUGUUGUCCCCCCCCUUCCAAACCACACAGGGCCCCCACACACAACUCAAGAUCACCCUCCAGAGCCAGCCCUCGGGGAGGCAGAAGGAGGAAAGAAGUGGGGAUCCUCUGGCCCCUCCAGUCUCCCUGUCUCCUCCCCGCCCCCAGUGCCCAGCCUGGACCUUGGGGAGGGGACAGGGAGCCUGAGAGAGGAGGGGAAACAGCUGUAGCUGGCAGGGGCCACGCUGUGCCCGCACCCCAGUAAAGGUGACCUCUGCUCACUACUGGCAGUCUCUGCCCAUUCCUGCCACACAAGGACAGAAUAUGGAGCUCUGGAAACUCCAUCCAAAGGCAGCCUCUGCUUGGGGCAGGGGGUUGGUCAGACUUCUCGCUCCUUUCCCUGCCACCUCGUCCCUCGCUGAGAGCAGGGACACUAUGCUAGGAUUCCAGUGGCAGGGACUGGGGUGGCCCAUGUUAAUCCGUUUUGAUCCUGAGAACUAUUUUAAGGUUGGAGGGUAGCAAAGGACAUUCUUAAUAAACCAGUUUUCAGCAUCACCUA